AUGGCCACUGAGGACGAAGUGGUCAGGGAAGUUGUAGAGGAAGUGGUCGAGGAAGUGGUCGAGGAAGUGGUCGAAGAUGACUCCACAGAGCUCGUGGUCUCCAAAGCUGAUGUCGUGCUUGACUCAGUAGAGCUUGAAAUUGAUGAAGACUUGGAGUCAGAGACUGUGCUGCUCGAAGUGACCGACAUGGAGCUCGACUCGGUUUCUGUUGGGAGUAUCAACGAAGAUGCGCUGAUAGUAGGGUCGGUUGACGUGGUGGCAGCCAGCGGCAGCACAAUGGCGGUAGACUUGAAAAACAUCUGCGCCGAGGAGGAGCGCGGAGAAGCCAACGCCGCGCAUACGUUCUGUGUGGGCUCCCUCAACUGCUAUCGUCGCGGGGACAAGCUCACAUUGAGUUUGUCUGUAUACCCGAGCGACGAGUACCUGAGCAGAGAGCUUAUGCCCAUGGGGAUGUCUUGCUUCAUUCUCCAGCCUGAUCGGGCCGGUGUUCCACGACCUUCAAAGCUGGAGGUGACCUCAUCGACAACAUUCUCCGAUGAGAGCUUCGAGCAAGCCAAGGCAUGGAUUGAGACCUGCCGCUCUCACCAUCACUUGUGCAGCCGUGGAACGGAAGCUUGGUUCCCUACCAGGCUUAUUCAUAUCGGAGACCUUACGAGCGACGGAGACACCACACGACUGAUCCAUACCGCCGAGGAGGCUCCGACCACUCCGUACGUGACCCUCAGUCAUCGCUGGGGUCAGGUGCAGCUGAUCCAGCUCCUGAACGACAACAUCUCCUCGUUCCGCACCCGCAUCCCACUGUCAAAGCUCCCCAAGACCUUUGUAGAAGCUCUUCACGCAGCCAAGAAGCUCGGCAUCUCGUACAUCUGGAUUGAUUCGCUCUGCAUCAUCCAGGACCGCGACGACCUGUCGGACUGGUUCCGCGAGGCCGCGCUGAUGCACAAGGUCUACUCGCACUCGUACUGCAACCUCUCGGCGUCCGACGCCAGGGACAGCACGGAGGGCCUCUUCCGCGCGCGGGACCCGAGGACGAUCCAGGCCAGCGUCAACCUGUGCAUGGAGGGCCUGGACGAGGCGCAGGCCUACCUCCCAGUGACGUUUGCCGACGCCGACGGGUGGUCCAGGAACGUGCCGUGGUGCCCGCUGAACCGGCGAGGGUGGGUGUUCCAGGAGCGGAUGCUGUCCCCCCGCAUCCUGUACUUUGGGCACGAGCAGCUGUUCUGGGAAUGCGGCGAGCUCGAGGCUGCCGAGACGUAUCCAGAGGGGAUGCCCGAUACGAUCAGGAGUCAAGGCCCGGGGGCUGGAUUGAAGGUGCAGGACCCGGAGCAGCACCUGACCCGGCUGAAGAGCCAGCCUGGCGCCGAUAGUGAUCUUGACCUCGCAGAGGCCAUGGCCAGCAUCUGGUCGAGCAUGGUCAGCGCGUAUACCAGCAGCGCCCUGACAGUGGCGGGGGACAAGCUGAUUGCUCUGUCCGGCAUUGCGCAGCAGCUGCAGAGCAUAUUCGGCGACGAGUACGUCGCUGGCAUGUGGCGGUCGCGCCUCGCCAUCGAUCUCGCCUGGACUGUGUCGCCAAACUCCAAAGGUGUCAGGCCGCUCGAGUACCGUGCCCCGAGCUGGUCCUGGGCCUGUGUCGAUGGCCUUAUCAUGGUGCGAGACAGGUUCAGGCCCUGGACGUCGCUGAUCACGGUCGAGGCGGUCCACCUUGAUCACGCGGACAGCGGGACGACGACGGGAAAUCUGACGGGCGGUUACGUCGAGGUUACUGGCAAACUACGCCAUCUGGCGAUAGCCAAGCUGGAGGGGACAGGAUGGGUGACUGCUGAUGGCAUCUUCUACAAUCCCGUCGAGCUCGACGCCAAGGAGCAGGAUACGGAUGACGGAGUACCGAAGCACUCGAUCUACGGCAUGGCUUUGAUGACCUCAAGAACAAGCACUGAUCUUAUAGUUAUGCUUCUGGAGCGAGUCGAUCGAGAGGGAGAGGUCUACAGGCGGGUCGGACUGGCCUCGAUCCCGAGCCAGGAGCACAUCGUGACGUUCCUGAUGGUGUCGGCCCUGGAGAGCGCGGAUGACACAAGAGAGGCGAGAAUCCGGAUCGUGUGAUGCAAUCCAGAUAAAAGUCGGACGGAAGCUGCAGGCCAGUGCAUCUCGACUAGAGGGACAAGUGAUGCAGCGUCCUAGGGUUGUAUGGCCCAGCGAAAAGAGCUGCAGAAGGAAACACUGGAGUGGAGUUUUAAAUGCACAAGCCUCAAGGAUGUUGAGUGCCGAUGAACAAAUGACAGUAUACACAAUGAUCACUGGGAUGCAUGAUCUAUCAAGAAGAGGUCAGAUGCAAAGCAGAGAUUUCAGUCCAACCCAGCAGUAUCUCUAAAC